AAAAGAAACCCAUUUUACGAGCGGCCCGCCUAUCUUUCUAUCGAUGAACUGAGCACAAAUAAAAUAGCAGUUUGGAACGAAGUCGUAGAAAACAGUGACGUAGCCGUAUUAAUUACAAUAAAUACAGUGGAUAUACGUGUGAUAUUAUGAAUGUGCUUACAUAGUACAUGUGAUAACAUGUGCAGCUGAUAAAAAAAGUAAUGGAUAUUGAUGCAGGGACCCUAGCACUAUGGCUUUGGCUUCUGCCGAUGAUAAUCAAAGCAGGCGUUAUAAGAAACGCAGAAGAAGACAGGUGCUAUUCAUAUUAUUACGGUACAGUCCUCAAGGCGGAUUGUUCCGACCUCAAACUGACUGAAUUACCCGAUACUAUAAGUUAUGAUACUCAGUUACUCGAUCUAUCAAAUAAUAACUUCAUGACAUUUCCCGAGGGUCUUCAGAAUUUUCGUCGCCUUCGAAAUUUGGAUUUUGCCGGAAAUGGACUAAGCGCUUCUCUACCCAAUUAUAUGGGGAGCUGGACCGAAAUAAACACGCUCAAUCUUUCUAAUAAUAUUUACAAUUCUUGGAUAAGCACUGGCCAGAGAUAUAACAUAAGGAGGCUAGAUUUAUCUAAAAAUUCCAUCAGCGCCAUCGAUGAUACCGCUUUCAAUGAUAUGCCCUUUCUCUAUUAUCUUGAUCUCUCUGAUAAUAGAAUCCAAGAUCUGCCUCCCGAUAUAUUCUUUGCUACGAAUCUAGAAACUAUCAUUUUGACAAGAAAUACUUUUUCUGCUGUUCCCAAAUUCACAUCCUCCACUUUGACCAAUCUCGUUUUGAGUAACUGUCAAAUACCGUACUUUCCUGCAGAUUCUUUGACAGAAAUGAACUCAAUACUUGAAAUCGAUCUAUCAAUGAAUAUAAUCGAAAUUAUUCCAGAUAAUUUAAAUUCAAAUACGCUGCAAAAUUUAGACUUAAGUUAUAAUGACAUAUCUUCUAUAAAUGUUCAUUCUUUUUCAUCACUACCGCACUUGGCGGUAUUGGAUUUGAGAGGGAAUCAGUUUACCGACGUGUGGUCUACCUCGUAUUUUUCUUCAAACCCGUUUUUGAGGGAAGUAUAUUUGAAAGGUAAUCGGUGGAGCUGUGAGGGGUUCAGCGUGAACCUUUUCCUUACAUACGAGUAUUUUACGAAGGAACCAGCGAAGGUAUCGGACGUGUCGUCGUUGAUGUGCUACUCGCCUGAGAACGUGACGCAUCUGAGUUGGCAGGAGGCCUACAUUAGAACCUGGCAUCCGAAUCAGGCGUCAAAUAUGUCCUUCACCCCAGUUUCGAUUAUGAUCGGCCUUGUGAUUGGUGUUUUGCUUACAUCUAUCGUUUGUAGAUGUUUAGCAAAAAAUGAUUCCACAGAGCCUGUUGCCCGGCCUAUACUACCAGUAGCAACAGCGUUAAAUGAUCAACCUGUGGUCGAACCAACGGUCAUAAGAAUACCUCUGCGAGAAGAUCUUCCUCCGAGUUAUGAUGAAGCAUUGCUUAUGCCACGACUUAAUUCGUCGUUCCACUCCUUACCUGAUUUCAUUGAUAUCGAAGAAACUGACCGACGAUACAGAAGGUCUAGGUCAAUAGGAGACUUAGUAGACCAAAGACCAAGAACAAGAGACAGACGCUCUGUACGACGAACGGUUGAAAUUCAUGUUAAUUAAUAAGUGCUUACACAGGAUAGACGUUUUAAUAUUUAUUGUUUAUCUUUAUUGUGAUUUAUGAAUAACUUCGAUUAUUUAAGUGAUUUUUUAAAGUGAAUGAACCAUU